GUAGCCAUGUUGCGCGACCCAAUUACACUUGGUGUCGCAACUGCAUGCACAUGGCUGGCGGUGGCAUCGGCCAUUGUACAGAUUCUAUGCCACCUUCGCAACUACACGGAGCCUCUAUACCAGCGCUACAUCAUCCGCAUUAUUUUUAUGGUCCCUUUCUAUGGCGUGACAUCAUGGCUUUCGCUUAUGUACCGGGAGUCUUCAAUUUACUUCGACGUGCCACGCGACUGCUAUGAGGCAUGGGUGAUCUACAACUUCUUGUCUCUUUGCAUGGCUUAUGUUGGCGGGCCCGGUGCUGUGGUGGUGAAGUCUGAGGGGAAGUACAUCGAGCCGUCAUGGAUGCUCAUGACGUGCUGCUGGCCCCCCAUCAAGGUGGAUGGCUUCUUCCUGCGGAAAUGCAAACAGGGCACGCUACAGUUCGUGAUUACUAAGCCCAUUCUGGCAUCCAUGACCCUCAUCUUGUUCGCGGGCGGCAUGUACGAGGAUGGUGAUUGGAGCCUUACGAGCGGGUUCCUUUACAUCUCCAUCAUCUACAACACAUGUUACACAAUUGCCCUUUACUACCUCCUCCUGUUCUACUUUGGGUGCGAGGAGCUUUUGGAGCCGUACCGUCCCCUUAUGAAGCUUAUCCUCAUCAAAUCAGUCAUUUUCCUGACGUUCUGGCAGAGUAUUGGCAUCUCCAUGUUCUCCUCCAAGUUCACGGACCCCACAGACUCGGGGGCGCUGCAGGACUGGAUGGUGUGUCUGGAGAUGCUCAUGUCGGCGUGCAUGAUGUGGACCGCCUUCCCGCACACCGAGUACAAGAUGGGCGGCCAGACGGCGGGCUGGCGCAUGUCGGCGCUGCUGCACGCCAUCAGCCUGCAGGACGUGUACAGUGACAUCAUGCACCAGUUCAACCCCAACUACAAGACGUACGUGCUGUACAGCGAUGGCGGCCCCUCCGAGAAUGUCAAGCGGAAAAAGUUCCGCGCGGGUGGCAAGAAGCAGAUGCACAAGCGGCUCAGCAAGGGGGCGGACCUAGCUGCCAUGGAGGAGGGCAGCCGGCACGGCAAGGGACGCCCCGCCAGGGUGACCCGGAACAGCAGCGGCGGCGGGAAGAUUCCUGUCAUGUCGGUGGGCGAUGAGGAGGGAGGCGAGUGGAACCCGCCUCCCAAGCCAGCUAGCAAGGCCGCCUCCUUCUUCGGCAAGCCGGGCACGGGCAAGGGCGUGUUCGGCUGGCUGCCCGCCAUUAGCGAGAAGGAGCGCAAGCAGGCGGUGCUGGUGGACUCGGAGUCGGACGCGGAGUACGAUGACGACAACAUGCAUGAAACGGCCCUGGACCACGAGAUGUUGGGUGCCUCCUCAGACAGCGAGGACGGCGAGGGCCACCGCCCGCGCACCCGCGGCUCCGGACCCACCUCCGGCAGCGCUUCCACCAGCCGCAGCCCCAGCCGCCGCCGCUCGGGCACCGGGGACAGCGGCGAGGACGAGGACGGCGACCGGCAGGGGCCCGCCAAGCAGCUGCGAGCGGCGGCGGCGGUGCUGCGCAACAUCGGCAACAUCACGCGUGAGACGCUGGGUGUGCCGCAACUGGAGGAUUCGGAUGAUGACGACCGCAUGCUGUGAUCAUGCGUGGAGAGGGGGGGGGAUUCGGUGGGUGUGGCCUUAUCGGGACUGGCCCCCUUGUCGUCAGAAGGUAACCUCCCAACCAGCCCAGGCACAGCGCAACGUAACGCAGCGGUGCCUGGUCCAAAGGUAGUGAUGGGCACCUCCUCGCACCCGCGCUGCUGUUGUUUCGUGCGGGUAAGGAGCCCAGUGGAUCUUGAGCGUGAGGGGCGGGUUUGCCAAACCGAAGCUCUCCACGUCCCUUGCGGUCGAGGGAGAGCGAGCGAGCGGUUAGAUUGCACAGGGUGGGUAUGCGCGUGUGGAUUGCGCGCACUACACCGUGAAGCCCGCGGAGGGUAUUGGACGAAGCAGAGUUUAGAGCUGUAGACCGUGUUAUGGCACAUGUUACAUGCAUAGAGUACAUUCGCGUGGUUUGGGGCGUGCUCAGGCUGUGAUCGGUAUAGCCGUCGACUGACAACGUUGGGUUCAUCCUUUUUAGCACGCCGCCUGUCAAAGGGGCUUGUGCUGGGGGAUGCAGCGCGGAAUGCGGUACGUGCACCUGCCGCCGAAGGUUGACGUGAUCCUCUGCCAGGCGGGUCGAAUGAAAUGUGAUACGCAACGUGUGAUGGUGCGUGCUGGUUGAGUAUAUGCCGCGGACAUAUCCACUGCAAUGCAGUCGUCAACGGCUAUUUCGUUUGGUACGGGGCUGGCUCUUUACUGCUGGCCUCUCUGGGACUCGAUAAGUGCAAAUACUAUACUGCGUAAUAUACAGUGUGACAUAGCGCAAACAUUCUAUAAUGUUAUGAGGAAGUGCCGUCCUUAACUUGGUAAGUUGACUAAGACCCCAGCCUUCCGGUGACACUCCUGUUGCGAAUAGGAUGGGGACAGGGGGCGCGUGCCUGUGUGGUUCAGUGUUAUGGUACCCGGGAGAUUGGAUUUGUCCCAAUCUGCCCCUGGCCGAUCACCCAACAGCACCGCUACCCUUUGUAACGACAUGACAUAC